ACUUUAGAUUUUCCGUCAACUGUCAGAGGCGGCAUGUCACUUCUUCUGUGACCAAUUCUGGGAGGAAUCACCUGCUCACAACUUUGAAAGAAAGAUCUCUUAAAACGGAAUUAAUCCACUGAAUUCCUUCGAAAACAAACAAAUCUACACAAAAAUGGCUGCAAUGGAUUUGGAACUCAAGCGAGCAUUCACCGAAAUGCAAGUAAAUAAAAUAGAAACUACGAAGAAAAUGAAAAUGAUCGACUACCAAUGUGAUGUUCUGAAGGAGUCGAGUAAGAAGUACGAAAUCACAGAACGAGGAAUUACCGAAUUGGAUCCCAACACAAGGGUUUACUCGUCGAUCGGGAGAAUGUUUGUGUUGUCUACAGUGCCUACGACACGGGAAGAGCUAAAAGCGAAGCAGGCUAAGUGUGACAGUCUCGUGGAGCAGUUGAACGAGAAGAAAUCGUACUUGUCCAAGAGCCUGAAGGAACAGGAGGAUCAUUUGCGGGAAUUGGUGCAACAGAAAAAGGACGCUGAUGCAUCGUAAUUUAUUCGGAAUAUAAAAUAAUCUCCUCACCUGCUCUUUUUUUAUUUAAAUUAAAACAUUGCAAUAAUAUCACAAAU